ACGUGGACUUGGCUUUGGUCCUGAAAGUUUUCUACAUUGCUACAGGAAUUUGCAAUACUACUGCCCUUAUAACAGCAUAUUAUUAUUUACCUUUCUCUGGCCUUGUAGUGUGAGGUGUUUGCCUGAUUUGCGAAGGAAAGCCGAGUACGGUGAAUGGAUUCAGAGCUGAUUAGUAUAUGAUUGCAGUUCGCCAUAGUUGUAGUAGAGUAGUAGUCGUAGCAACGCUGAAUUUUCUUGUUCAAGAUACAUAACUGUUAAAAGUGAAUAAGUGUUAUGGACUUUGAAGGACACAACAAUAGUGAAGGUGCAGUACCUGGAAYGCCCGUAAUGGCAUUUGCAGAGGGUGGCAUGCAUGAUCCAACUAUGCACCCAGAGUUUGCUUAUAUGAACCCUGAAGAUGGUAUGCCAGAUGAAGGUCUUCACGAACAUGGAGAUCACGGCAGGGAAAAUAGAGGUGGUAGACCUAGGUAUAGAGGCCCAAGAGGAGGACGACCUGGUAAAGAAAAUGGCGGCUAUUAUCUUAGGUGUCUUAUUCCUUGUAAAAUGGUUGGAGCUGUUAUUGGCACUAGUGGAAAUAAAAUCAAGAAAAUCACAGAGGCCACAAAUACUUCUAUUGACAUCCAUCGUAAAGAGGACAGAAGAGAGAUAGACAAGCUMGUGACAAUUCGUGGUAAUCCAGAUGAUUGCAGCAUGGCUAACAUGCAGAUUCACAAACUGAUGCGUGAAGAAACCGAUGAAUCACUUAGAAGGUAACAACAACUAGAACAAAACUACUUUAUACUGCU